CCUCACAAUAUCAACACACUGCUAACAGAAAGGAAGACCUGGGGCCCUCCGCUGGGUUCCUGGGAGACUUCCGGAAAGCAGGCGGAACCUCACUUCUGAAGUGGCAAGGUCUCUCGGAACUUUUCGCGGGGACUCCGCCCCUAGCGACGCACUCCUGGUUGCUAGGGGCGGAGGCGUGGGAGGCAGCCCAGACUGGAUGCCAGCUUCUCGUGCCUGCGGGCCUCGGCCGCGAUUAGGAAGCUGCUGUGUGAACUAUUUUCCAAAGGCUAAACUACAAAUCAUUGAAUACAGUGGCUCACCAAGAUCCUAUACAUUUGGGGGGAACACAACUCUCAGCAACUGCAAGGGAUGCUGUUACUCAGAUGUCAGCUGAAACCAGCUCCUCCUCAGAAGGUUCCCUGUAGGCUCUGGGCUGUGAUGGGGAAACUGCAGAGCAAACUCAGACACAGCACUUACAAGUACAGGCCUGAUGGGAUUAUAGAAGAGAGAACCUCAACUAAAGCCUCUCAGGAGUAUAGCCUGGCCCACCUGGAUCCUGUCUCAGUGGUUGCUACUCUGAAUUCUGACCUUUGUGUCUCUGGAGGAAAAGACAAGACAGCUGUGGCCUAUAAUUGGAAAACUGGAAAUGUGGUGAAAAGGUUCAAAGGGCAUGAGCGGGAAAUCACUAAGAUAGCCUGUAUUCCCAAAUCGAGCCAAUUCUUCAGUGCCUCUCGAGACAGGACUGUCAUGAUGUGGGACCUGCAUGGCUCCUCACAGCCCAGGCAGCAGCUGUCUGGCCAUGCCAUGGUGGUCACCGGCUUGGCUAUGAGUCCAGACUCGUCACAGCUAUGCACUGGCUCUCGGGACAAUAGCUUGCUUCUGUGGGACGUGAGGACUGGACAGUGUGUGGAGAGAGCAAGUGUCUCCAGGAAUCUGGUCACUCACCUGUGCUGGGUCCCCAGAGAGUCAUAUAUACUGCAGACCUCAGAGGAUAAGACCAUCAGAUUAUGGGACAGUCGGAGGCUUCAGAUAGCUCACAUGUUUCCCACAAAGCAGCACAUCCAGACCCAUUGCGAAGUCAGUGUGGAUGGACACAGAUGCAUCUCCUGCAGCAGUGGCUUUGGGGGUGAAGGCUGUGAAGCCACAUUGUGGGACCUAAGGCAGACAAGAGACAGAAUAUGUGAGUACAAGGGACAUUUACAGACAGUUGCAUCCUGUGUCUUCCUACCAAGAUCCUUGGCCUUGCUACCUAUGAUUGCUACCUCAGCACACGACUCCAAGGUGAAGAUCUGGAACCAAGAUACUGGAGCCUGCCUUUUCACCUUGUCUUUGGAUGGAUCAGGACCCUUGACUUCCCUGGCAGUUGGUGACACCACCUCCUUGCUAUGCUCAAGUUUCCACAGAGGAGUUCACUUACUCAGAGUGGACCACAGUCAAGGGCUGGAACUGCAGGAAGUGGCAGCCUUCUGAAGCCAAAAGACCUUCGAUGGGCAAUAUGAAGCCAUGGUCCCUCCCUCCUGUGUGUCUUCGUGUUUUUCCACAUCUUGGGGGAGUAGGGUGUAAGGCUGGAAUUAUUUGCUAGGUUUACUUAGAAAGGGUAUCAAUGUUAGAAAUCAGUUUAAGUCCAUUGGCUCAAAAAUCAGGGUGUUUUGUUUGUUUAUUUGAGCCAUGGUCUCAGUCUGUAGUCCAGGCUACCCUAGAAUUCAAUGUGUAGCCCAGGAUAACCCUGAACUUACAGCAGUCCUCUGCCUCAUCCUACUGAGUGUUGGAAUUAUAGGUGUGAGCCAGGAGGCUUGGGUAAAUUCAGGCUUAGAAACAUGGACUAGUUAUAGAUUUCUUGAUCUCAGGUAAAUCUGAAUAGAAUUCAGUUUUAGUGAGCUUUUGGAAUUACUCUUCAAAAGAAAUUGUUUCUCAAAAUGAUGAUCUGGAGGUAUAAGAGUGGCAGGCCUGUCUGGGAGUGAAAACAUGAGCCAGGAUCAGUGAACUGAUGCGCUCCAUGUCUCCAUGAAGGCACAAUGUCUCUGAAAUCAGCAUGAUGGAUAAGAAUAGUGUGCUCUACAGAAGAAGUGGAUGAGGACAAUGAGGUGGAACUUAAUUGGCUCUCAGCCACUUAGGGCAAGGUGGCAAAUGCCCUGGCUUUCACUGAAUGGCAGAGUGGGAGGCCAGAACUCCCUGACAUCUGCCUUCUGUGAGGGGGCAUGCAGACAAGGACCGAGGGACUUGAAGUGGCCAGCCAGCACCAAGACACUGCCCACAGUUACAGGAGUUAGCAAGCCAGACCAUGCACAAGAAUGCAGAGAGGCCCUGAGAUUGAGGCUAAGAAAUAUUUUUGCGAUUCGAAUAUUUCCAUUUAUAUAAAUAAAACUAUGCACCCACACAUCUUCCCUGCACCUCUGCCCCUGGGAAUGGGGGAGAUGUCCCAAUAGAGGACACAGAAGAAGGAUGGAAUCAAAUGACUCCAGCCAUUGAACGCCCUUUAAUGAGGAGGGCAGCAUGCUCAGGUCAGCCUGUGUGGCCCAUGGGAGUCUCCCCAGUCAGAUACUCAGAAGUAUAUGUUCUUUAAGGGAAAGUGGAGUCCUUCCUUUAGCCCCCAGAUAAGGCAGCCGAGGCCUUGUAAUUCUUCUGAGAAAUCCCAGCCAAAGAGUGAUUUCACAUUUAUCUUUCCUGCUUCUGCCUGUCCCUGGUUCCAGUCAUCAGAAGCCAUUUUCCUUGUCUCCCUCUUCAUGCUGCUGUGCAAGGGAAAGUUGAGGAAACAGUGGGCCUGUGGCGAGUCUAUGCCGAACAUUCUGUACCAAUACAGCUUCCUGGCUGUCCUGGUUUGUUUCUUCAUUGCUGUGACAAAACACUCUGACAAGUACCAACUUGGGGAGGAAAGGGUUUAUUCAGCUUACAUCUCCCAGGUCGCAGUUCAUCAGGGAGCCC